AUGAUAGAAGAAACACAAAAAGAAGUGGAAGAUGGUAAUAAAACCAAUGUAAACCUCCUUUCUUCUCUUAUUAACGAAAUAAGAAAAUAUCCUUGUGUUUGGAAUAUGUCUUCUAAAACUCACAAGGAUAAGUACAAAAUAGCAGAAGCAUGGAGAAGAUUAUCAGCUGCUUUACAACAUCCAGAAACCGCACUGCAGAAAAUAUUUCUAAAAUUGAAGGAUAAUUAUCGACAAUGUAUAAGAAAAAGAGAACAGGCAACACGUUCUGGAACUGGUCACAAAAAUUGCUCUAGUUGCACAUCAAUUAAAUUCUUCUGCUGUGGUUUCAAAAGGAAAACUGAUAUUGAUGACUUGUUAAGGGAAUCUCUUGCUGCAGAUUUAAAGAAGAGCAAACAGGAGGAGGGGUUAAAACAAAUGGAAAAGCUGGAUAACAAUGAUUCGGAUGAUUUAUUUUGCAAAAGUCUUAUCGAACACUUUCGUGAACUUACAAAGCGGCAAAAAAAAAGGAAGCCAGAAUAA